AUGGAUUUUAAAAAACAAGUCAAUAAUUGGAUAUUGUCAUUAAAUCAUGAAGAGUUGGAAACUAUUUUAACUGACUGUAAUAAAACCGAAUGCGACAAACUUAGGGCAAUGUAUUCAGAAUGGAAUUUUCAAGAUGGGUAUUUUUUUGAUGAAUCUGCAGAUAUACCGGGCAUGCCUAGUUUUGAAGAUAUAUUUGAAAGCAGCAAUAAAUUAAAAUCUAGAAAAAGUCAUAGUAGCGGCAGCAUUGGUAAUUCAAAUAGUUUCCUCUCCAGUAACAAUAAUAAUAGUAAUAAUAGUGAUAUAGAGAUUGAUAAUAAUAAAUUGCCCAGUGACUUAUUAAGAAAAUUUAAAUUAGAAUUUAGACUUACAAACGAUAAAUCAAUUCAUCAUUUUGAAAAUUUACAACCAUUUUUACCUGAACGAAAAGUUGAAGAAGAAAAAAGGAUUGUUAAAUUAAUUAGAUUGUGUGAUACUAGAACUAGAUUAGAUACAUUUACGAUUGAAAGUAAUUCUAUAUCAAAUACAGAGCUUAUACAUUUAUUAACUCAAUUAAGCCAGGGCGGUUUUUUACAAGUACCAUGCCAUUUAAUUAAAGAUUCACAAAAUAAUUGGAGGUGUGAACAACCAAAAUGGUUUAUUUCUAAAAGUUUUUUUUCACUCGGCGAAUUUAUAGCAUCAUGGUUUGAAUCAUUAAUUUGGACUCAGUUUUGGGAGAACCAUAAAUUGGAUGGAAGAAAAGAUCAAACAAAUAAACAAAAGAUUACAAAACCAAUUUUUAAGUUAUUGGAUUCAAGAAAGAGUAAUUUGAAAGAGUUUUGGUCAAAACAGAUGACCAUAGAUAAUCGGAAAAAAUAUGCAAUGACUAAAAUGGGCAAUCUUUUAUUAUCAGUUAUUCAAUCAUUAAAUGAAACUCCAGAAAAAGUAGAUUUAGAUUUUAUGGAAAAAUUAGGUGAACUAAUGGAGGAUUUUAAGUCACCUAUUACAUCACCAAUAAUAUCAUCAUCCAAUAAUAUUGAUAAUAAUAAUAAAAAUAAUGAUAAUUUAAAUAGCUCAAUUAACUCUAUAUUAUCAAAUGAAAAAAAUAUAAAAAGACAUCACCAUGGUCAGCAAGUGUUAGCGUCAAGUUCACUUUCAGAGUCGCCAGAAAGUUUAAAUGGGAUCAGUUCAAUUUUUGAAGACUAUUUAGUUCAAAACCCAAUCAAAUUGAUUGAGUUUUUAUGCUUUUCUCCAUUAGAAAGAGCUGGCAGUACAGUUGAUAUGGUAAUGCGUCAAAUUGGGGCACAACUUCAAAAUUUUUAUUCAGAAAGUUUAUCAAUGGAUCUUAUUAAUGCUGAAGAAAGCAGCAGUAGAGCAGGAAGAAAAUCUAGAAAUUAUAGCGGUAAUAAUUCAAAUGGUAGUUCUUUAAAUUCCAGUGGCAAUAGUACUCCCGUUAAAUCAAAGAAAAAGAAAAAACAGCAAACUCCUACAAGUUCGGCUAAAGAGGGUUGUAAUUCAAAUAAAUCUUUAAAUGAGUCAUCGGAUUCUUCUCAAUCUCAAAAUGAACGUAGUGGCGGUGGUAGUAGACCUUCAAGCUCAUCAUCUACAACAAUAAAUAGUGGUAACAGCAACCCAGGGAAUACUUCAAUAAGAAAAAAACGUAAAAAAAAAUCAAAUAACAAUAGUAGAAACUCAAAUGAAUCAAAUCAAGAAAAAGCAUCAAACUCCGAUACAGAACAAGAGUCAAUUCAAACUCGUCCACGUAGACAUUCAUUACCGAUGGACACCCCACCCUCAAUUAAAAAUGGUAUACCUUAUCUUAGUACUACAGAAGAUGAAGAUGGUGUUAGUAUGUUAUCUGAAGGCGAUUUAAUUCAAAAUAAUAAUAAUAACAAUAAUAAUAAUAACAAUAAUAGAAAUAAUAAUGUUAAUAACAUUUCAAAUAAACCAAAAAAUAAUAAUAGUGGUAAUAAAUCUAGUACUAAAAAGAAAAGCAGUUCAAAUAAAAUAACAUCGAAAAAUCGGGCUAAUAGUACAUGUGAACAAAGAACUCCGUUAAUGAAUGCCAAGUCUUCUUCAUCUUCAUCAAAUACAACAGUAGCAACAUCGGCUUUGGCUUCUUCAUCUACAACAUCAACACCAAUUUCACCAUCCUCGUCCUCUACAACAAAAUUAAGUAUUAAUAAUAAUAGUAAUAGCAAAAAUUGCAAUAAUAAUAACGGUAUUGGUAACAAUAACAGUAAUCAUAAAUAUAGUUAUAAUGAUGAUUAUGAGGAUGAAGAUAAUUCUGAUGAAUCAAACGAUGAAUCAUGCACAGAAGGAUCUGAGGACGACCAAUCUUCAGAUGAAGAUAAUUCAUUUAUUCAAGAUUUAAGCAAACAAAUUUCAAAGCAAUUUAAUAUAUCAAUUGAUGACAGCCAUCAUGACACCAAGGUUAAAUCACCAAAUAGAGAGGGCUUGAAACUAAAUCAAAGUUUAGAAAAUAUACCAAAUACUUUAUUGUCAUCUUCAACAACAACUAACGCAGCACCAAUUCAAACUAAAAACAUUGAGAAUAUUUCAUUACCAAAUAACAAUAAUAUUAAUAAUAGCAAUAGCAAUAAUAAUAACCAAAAACAAUCACAAUCACCUCAACAAAAUCAAUUAUUUAAUUUCUUUGCAUCACCAACAUCACCAUCAUCACCUAUUUUAAUUCAUCAAUCUACUCUUAAUUCACCCAAUAGGUUAUCCAGAAUUCCUUCACCCCAACAACUUUCACCAAGGGGCGGUAACAUCUCACCUACUUCUGCUGGUAAUGUUUCAAGCAAAAGACAAUUUUUUGAAAACCAAUCAAGUCAAUUAAAUUAUAAAAAUGAUAAUGAUAUUGAUAACAAUAUUAAUGACAAUAAUAGUAAUAUUAGUAACAAUAACAAUAAUAACAGUAAUAUUAACAAUAGUGAUGCAGACAAACAAAAUAAUAGUGGUAUAGAUGAAUCUAAAAAUAAUAGUAAUAUAAAUAGUUCAGGAAAGAAUGAAAAUAAUAGAAAUAUAUUAAAAUCUAAAUCCGCUAGCAGCCUUCAUGCAACAAGUUCAAUCGAUAAAUAUAAAGAUUGGAGACAUAAUAAAUUUUUUAAUCAAAUCCAAACAUUUAGACAAGUUAUACCAUUUACAAAUUUACAAGCAUUUUUAUUACCUUGGGAUGAUCCACCUUUACCCUAUCCACAUCCCAGAUUUUCAAUUAAAUUACAUCAAGAGAUUUUGGAUUUUGUAUCAGAUGUUGGUGAAAGAACUUAUCCACAUGUUCAAAGUUGUCAUCAAGUUAUUGGUUGGAUUAGAGCCGUUGUUAAGAAAUUAUGGUCUCAUGCAGAUUUAGAUUUAUUUGGUAGCUUUAUGACUGGAUUAUGGUUGCCCAGUAGUGACAUCGAUAUCGUUGUAAAUUAUGGUAAUAACAUGUCUAUCAAGCCAAAAAAUGCGCAAUUUCUUUUAAAGGUUUUGGAAAAGCAAAUUAGAAAUGAUUUAGAUGGUUUCAUUCUUUCAAUGGUUUGUAUACCAUCAGCCAAAAUACCUGUCAUCAAAUUGGUAACCACCGAAAAUAUAUCAGUUGACAUUUCAUUUAGAGAAUCUCCAACUUCGAUUCAUACUGGUAUUGCCGCUCGUGAUUUAAUCGCUGAUUGUGUCAAAGAUGUAGUUGGUUUAUAUCCUUUAGCAAUAGUUUUAAAAUGGUUCCUUAGAGAAAGAGGCUUAAACAAUACCUAUACUGGUGGUUUAAGUUCAUAUUGUUUGGUUUUAAUGUUAAUUAGUUUUUUAAAAAAUAAUGAACAUUGCCCAAGAAAAGCAAAUAAUACAAAUAAUACGAAUAAUAAUAAUAAUAAUAGUAAUACAACUACCAACAAUACUGCUACUCCACCAAUUGAAGUUUUAGCAUCAAAUAUCCCAAUAAUUAAUCAAAGUAACCAACCUACCCUUAAAGCAAAGCCGUGUAUGUGCGAAGAUGCCGAUCAAAUUUCAGGUCUUAAUAUAGGUUGUGCUUUAAUGAGAUUUUUAGAAUAUUAUGGUGUAAAUUUCAAUUAUCAAAUGACUGGUAUUUCUAUUGAUGAGGGCCAUUAUACAUUUCCAAUUACUAAAGAAGAUCCUAUCGGUUCACAAUAUCUUUUAAAUAGCAACAAUAAUAAUGAAAAUGGUGUAACAUUUAAUCAACCACCCCCACAACAAGAUAAUUUCUAUAGUAAUCAUAAUCCCUUCUAUUUAGUAGUUGCCGAUCCUUUUGUCCCUGGUAGAAAUGUGGCAGCAGGCUCUUUUAAUUUUUCUCGUGUUAAAGCUGCUUUUCAAUAUGCUUUUGCAACUCUUAGCAACACAUCAAUGAAUGAACUAUCAUUCGAAAAUGAAACUAUAUUAUCAAAAAUUUUAAUGCCAAGUAAUUUAAAAUAAUAAAAGAAUAGAUAAUUAUAAUAUAGAUAAAAAUAAUAUAGAUAAUAAUAAAGAUAAUAAUAUAGAUAAAAACAUAGAUAAAAACAUAGAUAAUAAUAAUGGUUACAAAUGAUAACAUAGAUAAUAACAUAGAUAAUAGCAUAAUAACAAAUUUUUUUUUUUAAUCAAUUAAUUAAUUAAUUUUAAUUAAAAAAUAAAUGUAUAUAUUUAAAAAUCAAAUAAAGUCUUUAUUUAAAGAAUAAUACACCAACCUAUAAAUCUAAAUAAAAUUAUUCAACUAUCUAAAAAGUUAUUAAUAAAAAUAUAAAUUUUUUUUUUAAUCCUAU